AUGACCCACCACGAUGAGAAGCCAACGACUGAAGUUCGCGACAACCCCGUUGAUAUCCCUAGUGAAUGGAACCUGCAACGUGUCUUGCCAAAUACCGACAAGCCGUGGUAUAAGCAGCGCCAUCUUUUGCUCCUCAAUCUUGGGAUGGUCAUUCCAUAUCUAUCGUCGACCACGAAUGGUUAUGAUGGAUCUAUGCUCAACGGCCUGCAGUCGAUGUCACAAUGGCAAACCUUCUUUGGCAAUCCAACUGGUACCCGCUUGGGUUCACUUUCCAAUGGUGUGAUAUUUGGUCAGAUUCUCGCUUUUCCGAUUGCUCCUUGGCUCUGUGAUCACACUGGCCGACGGUUCCCCAUCUUCAUCGGAUCGGCGCUCCUAGUCAUAGGAGCCAUUCUUCAAUGUGCCGCCCAGAACUAUGCUAUGUUUUUGGUCUCCCGUAUGGUGAUUGGAUUCGGUGGUUUAAUUGCUGUCGAAGCAUCGCCCAUGCUAGUCAGUGAAUUAGCGUAUCCGACACAUCGCCCUGUGCUAGUCGGAUAUUAUAACAACCUAUGGUACCUUGGGUCAUUGCUCGCUGCAUGGAUCACAUACGGAACCUACUUUAUGGGCCCUAAUAUUUCAUGGGCCUGGCGCAUUCCCUCUCUCCUUCAGGGGUUCUUUCCCUUGCUGCAAGUUCUCUUUGUCUAUCUUCUACCCGAGUCGCCGCGUUACCUCGUGCAGAAAGAUCGCUAUGACGAAGCGCGAAAAGUGCUGACGAAGUAUCACGCUGGUGGAGACGAGAACUCGCCACUAGUAGACUUCGAGAUGCAAGAGAUUAUCUUGACAAUCCAGGCCUCGAAGGAAACCAAGUCCGGCUAUCGAAAGUUCCUUAGUACGCGGGGUAACCUACAUCGCCUUUUGAUCAUUAUUGCAGUACCUUGCAUGAUGCAGCUAUCAGGCAACGGUCUGAUCGCAUAUUACCUACACCUUAUUCUCAACUCGAUUGGCUUCACCUCAGAUCCCCAACAGCUCCGAAUCAAUGGGGGUUUGGCAGUUUUCAACUUCGGAGUCUCGAUCAUCCUCUCCUCGUUUAUGGAAGCUGCUGGUCGGCGAAGGCUAUUCCUCAUUUCGACGAUGGGAAUGUUGGCUUGCUACGUGAUAUGGACAAUUCUGUCCGCAAUUAACGAGCAGAGAGGCUUUAAUGACACCAGUCUGGGCACUGGCGUUAUUGUGAUGAUAUUUAUGUAUCAGCUCUUCUAUAACGCCGGUCUUAACGGGCCCCCGUGGGUCUAUGUCACUGAAGUACUUCCUACGCAUCUCCGUGCUAAAGGAACUAAUAUCAUGCAAAUAGCUUCGACUUGUGCUAUUCUGUUCAAUGGUUACGCGAACCCCAUUGCAAUGGAUGCAAUCAGCUGGAAAUAUUACAUUGUUUACUGCUGUGUGAUUGCUGCUGAGUUUGUUCUUGUCUAUUUCUGCUUCCCUGAAACUAAGGGUCACAGUUUGGAAGAGGUUGCGUUGAUUUUUGAUGGAGAGAAGGCUUUCGGUGAGGUCUCUGAGAAAAUCUCUAGUGAGAAACAGAACUCGGGAGAGGCUUGA